CGGGGCCAGGCGCCGCUGCCGGCGCCGCCGGCCGCCGCACGUGCAGGGGGCUGCGUGGAGAGGGAACUCGACGGCGCCGGCGGCGGCAGCGCCGGCAGUCCCUCCCAAACCAACAACAGCUGUGGCGCCGCAGCCGCGGCGUCGGGCCCUGCGCCGCCGGCCGCGAGCGUCGGCGCCCCUCUCGCGCCAAAGCUGCCGCUGCCGCUGCCGCUCGCGCUGCCGCCGCUCGGCGGCGCGCCCGUGCCUGCCCCCACCGCGGCGCUGCAGUGCGCGCGCCACCUGGCGGCGGCGCAGGGCACGAGCGUGUGCGUGGUCGGGCUCCCGGCGGGGCAGGAUGCACAGGGGUGA